AGUAAAAGUGGUCGGACCACCUCCAGACAGUGUGCCGGUCACUGUGCCACUUAGCCGCUGCACCUCAGUAGCAGAUAUUGUGUCAAACUGUGUGUCACCAGCAUUGUGUCAUGUGUUGUGUUCUUGUGUGUUCUGUGUGUCAUGCAGUAUGUUUGAGCUCGUGCUCGUCCAGCUAACAUCACAUUUCGGAUACUUCACUUGCUGACUUGCUGUGAGAUGAGAGCUCUGGAAUGGCUACUACUAGCAAGCGUGAUGGCAGCGUGCUUCUCUCUACCUUCAUACCAGGACUCUGGACCUGAGCAACCCUUGUUUCAGAUAGGCAAAUCCAGAGUGACAAGAGCUACAUAUAGGAGGCCGCCGAGCUUUCUUUUCUUGCUUGGACAGUUUUUUGGUCAGACAAUAUCUGACACUGGAGCAGCUGCCAGAAACAUCAGUAAGAUAUUUAAUGAUCAGUUCACCACUACAACACCCUCUCCAGAUGCUGUGACAGAAGAAGGUACAAACUCAACAGAAACUCCUCCUAAACCUAUCACAAGAGACACACUAUUUAGGAUAUUGGGCAACAACUUCAGAGGUCUGCAGAGGCUCUUCAACACAGAGUGGCAAGCAGCUGUGGAUCAAUCAAGUACGAAUGUGGCCAACUUCAGGAAGGAACUAAGGGAGGCUGUGAGACCAUUCUUACUACCUAAUAGAAACUUGACAAAUAAUCAAACAUAGCAUUGCUAAACAAUUGUAGGGAUUAGUUAUUUAUUCAAUUUAUAAAUUAUAUAGAGAGGGAUGGUAUUAAAAAUGAAUAACUAGUUAAAAUUCAACCUCUUGAAUGUUUGAAUUAGAGAAACUUCAAGAUUUUAAAUAUACCAUGUAGGAGAAGUUUCAAAUUUUACACAUUGACUUUUGGUUAAUUCAUUUUAAUAUAAUUCCUCUCUUAUACGUUUUAAGUAUUUAUCCCAUUAAUA